AUGGGCGCAGAGAUGAAAGGUCAUUGCAUUGGCCCGAUGCCUGUCCAGGAAUUUCUUGAGGAGUUCCUACCGACUUCGGAGAUACCAGAUCUCCCUGCUUUAACUUUCAAAAGUGGUACAUUUGAUAGCACAAUAUGUGUCAGAAAUGAGGUGCAGGCUUAUGAACCAUUUAUUGCCACCAUACAAUCAUUUGGCCCCGCUUUAUCAUUUGUUGAUACUUCCAACUCUCAAGACACAAAUAUUUCUUCAACAUUCUCAUUCACUGUCAAGCCGGACAUCAAUGUAUAUGCUGAUGGAACAUCGCACGGCUGCAAUGUUUCUACCACAGAAGUUAUCAUCAAAUUCAAGUGGGAUGCCAUCCAUGAUGCCUUUUGUGACCCUCCUCUCCACUCAGAUGUUGGCAGAUUCUCCUUUAUCAACCAGACCAUAAAAGGCAUGGACACAUUAGGGCAAAUCACAAGCUACACUGCAGCCCAACUUGGCACCCAAUACCAUCCCCACAUUUUCUUGGUCCUGAGUAUGCAAAAUUUCGCUUGUAUCAUCAGAUGGGACAUGGAAGGAGCCAUUGUCACUUGCACCUUCGAUUACAACAAAUAUCCACACUUAGCCAACUUUUUCCGCCGUUUUUCACAAGCAUCGCCUGCAUUGUGUGGUGUCAAUACAUCAGUGACACCCACUAGCUCUGAGGAGGCCAUUCGCACACGGUUGAGGCUGAUUAUUCCUGCACCUGUUCCCCAUGGUCUUUCGCCUGUUGGCCAUAGGACACGUGCAUGUCCUGCAUUUGACCCCAUCCAUGACAAAAUUGUCAUGUUCAAGGACUUUUGGCGGGUGGCAUUGCCUGACAUCUUACCAGAGGGUGUAACUUACAAACUCUUGAAGGACACCAAUGUUCACAAUGUUAUGACAUGCAUUGCAUGUCAUGAUGUACCAUCUCUCCCUCAGCAACGCAUGCAAACUUUGAAGUUUGCAAAUGCUUCAUGGGUAUGUCAUCAUGAGCCUCUCACUCUAGCCCUCAAUCUUGUUGGCAAACCAUUGAUACAAUUUAUGAGCUCUUGUCAAGUUGUUGAAGCUGUUAGUGAUGCACUGAUUGUCCAUGACAAUGCAUGUAAUAAGGCGGGCGUGUUACAUCGAGACAUCAGUGUUGGGAAUGUGGUUAUCCAUGGUGUUGUUGGCAUUCUCAUAGAUUGGGAUCUUGCAAAGUUACACAGCAUUCAGGGUCCUCGACAAAUCACAUGCACAUUAUACUUUUGUGCUAGGUUUUGUGUCACCAAGGGCACCUGGCAAUUCAUGUCUGCCAACCUUGUCGAAAACAAACACUCCACACACACCAUCGAGGAUGACCUCGAGUACAGUUUUUAUGUCAUUUUUUGGGUCGCCUUGAUGUACACAGAGAGUUAUAUGACCACCCUCACUCGGUCACUACUCAUUGAAGAGGUCUUUGAGGCUGAGGAGAUAGAGGGGAUUGGAUCAAACACAAAAUCAGCUUUUCUCAUCUCGAGAUGGCAAAUCACCGGGGAUGUGUUUGUUGGGCGCAAAGCACUUGACAGGCUUAUCUUUGCACUUGCUGAACUCUUUGCUCUUCGGUACAUUUUGAUGGCUGAUGAGGAGCAGGAUGUAUUUGACCAAACAUUCCCAUGCCUGGAGCUCACAAGGUCACAUGCCAAGAUCAUAGCUAUUUACAAUGAAUACCUCACAAUGAAUACUUAG